AUCCAUCUGACGCUUGACAGACAUUCUCCACAUGCUUAGAGGAGGAGUUUCUUCAUGAUUCUCACCUUAAGAAUGACAGAAAAUGAGAAAGAACCGAGACCAGAGAAACACCAACAACAAGAUGUCCAGAAAUGUGGAGGUGAUCAUUAACAACGCAGCUCAGAAUGAUCAGACCGACGCUCCCGUUCACAUCACAGAGUCCAAGCCCGGAGAGCAUCCCGGAGUCAAGGGAUUCUUGAUGAUAUGUCCGGCCGUACUGGGGUGGCUGGAGAUUCUGACCGGUUUCGUGAUUUUUGGACUCGUCUUUUGGAUUUACACUCUCUGGCUGUUAAUACCGGCUUGCGUUUUAAUUUUAAUAGGAGUUAUAACAGCUACAGCUGCAUGUACCCACAAUCCCUGUCUGGUGAUCACUUCUCAGGUGCUGAAUCUGCUCAAUAUCUGCAAUGUGGUGGCAGCCAUCAUUCUGUUUUUCGUCACCGUCUUCAUAGAGAUUCUUAAAGAUGCGUUGUUUGAAGCUGUUCUGCGUGCCCAUUUACUGACUAGUCGUUCAGUGAGUUCCAAUUCUCAGACCGCAAACAUCAUCUUCAUCGCCUGUAAUGUUCUGGCGCUCAUUCUCUCUCUUCUCAUCAUCGGGACGUCGUGCUGCUGGUGUAGAUCGAGAAAGCGUCUGGUGGUGAUUCAUAUGAGUUCAGCUUCAGCUGCAGAAGGCGGUGAUGAGGUGGAUUAUCCGUGUCUAGAACCUUCACCACCAGCCUAUAGUCCAGUCCCGUCUUCAGAUCCGCCGGCUUAUGAGGAGGAACGACGCUCGACGCUCUCUGGAGUUUCUAGUCAGAGGUGGGCCAUGAGAAAAUGGAAAGAAGAACUGCAGCGCAGCAGAAAACCCAUCCAAGUCUGACCUGGGUCGUUUAUUUCCAGAUCAGUCUGAUUUCCAUGCUCUAAACUAGAGCUUUAAUGACCUGCGUUUUAUUUGAUCUCUUGUCGUGUUCCCAGGGCUCAGUUUAGAGCUCUUAUCAUAACACUAUUUUUCACUUGCAUCAGACGCCCAUCCAUCAAUCUGACGCACAUAUAGAGAACAUUCACUGGUGGAUGUCUCAGAACUUUCUAGAAGACAUUGGAACUUGUUUUCUGAAAUGAUGCACAUUAGAUUUUUUUGUGAUUCUUUUUUUUUUUUUUUUUUUUU